GACAGAUGUUGUUCAUUACGCGCAGCGGAGUCGAACCGGGAACUGUUGUAGCGUGGCAAACAUGUCUACAGUCUCCAGUGUUCACUGAUAAGCAGACUUGACAUGGACAUGGGUACGGAUUCCACACAACCCAGAGGCCUCGUUAAAUAAACUCGAUUCGUAAUUAGAGUCCUCUUGCUGCUGUCUUCGCACUCGACUUCGAAUUCUUGACUGGCAUGGGGGCACGGUAUUGAUGCGCUCGAUAUUGCGCUCAGAUCUACAGAAGCCCACUCCGCCAGCCCGCAACUCAACGCUUGAGGACGGAACUUCGCGCGUUGGUGUGAGACUUUUGGAGUUGCCUAAUUGGAACCGCAAUUUAGAGCAAUGACGGACUCUACAGCCUCAGACCCGGUGAGCACCAUCCCGGAUCCAACUAUUGUUGAUCCGUCGACUGUGAACGGCCAGUGCGACCCGACAGAUCAACAGCCACCCAAAAGAGCAAGUCAGGGGGAACCUAAAUUCAAGAUGGACCAGGAGAUGAAGAUUAGCGAUAGCGUGGAGGGGCAAGGCUUACUGGAGAGCAGCAUGAGGCUGAAGCCCCACGAAGCUCAAAGCUACCGCAAGAAAGCAUUGUGGGUCUCCUGGGUUUCCAUCUUUGUGACGCUGAUCCUGGCAGUAGCAGCUUUCACGGUUUCCUUCAUGAGACACAGUGCCUCGGCUUUCGGAUUCGCUUUUGAUGCCGCCCUGGACGUGCUGUCCUCCAUCAUCGUGGUGUGGCGCUAUAGUAACGCCGCCGCCGUUCACUCUGCACACAGGGAGUACAUAGCCUGCGUGAUCCUGGGGGUGGUCUUCAUCCUGUCCUCUCUGUGUAUCCUGGGAAAGGCAAUCCAUGACCUGGCUACCAAGCUACUGCCUGAAGUGGAUGACUUCCUCUUCAGUGUGUCCAUCGUCAGUGGCGUGAUGUGUAUCAUUCUGUCCGUGUUCAAGUUCAUGCUGGGCAGGGUGCUCACCAGCAGAGCCCUCAUCACAGACGGUUUCAACUCCCUGGUGGGCGGGGUCAUGGGCUUCUCCAUCCUAAUCAGUGCCGAGGUGUUCAAGCACGAUCCCAAAGUGUGGUACCUGGACGGGUCCAUAGGGGUCCUGAUAGGCCUCAUCAUCCUGGCCUACGGAGUCAAGCUGCUGGUUGAUAUGGUCCCUCGAGUGCGACAGACGAGGAACUACGAGCGCUUUGAGUGACAGAAGACCACGGGAAGGGCAGCGAGGGCUCAGUGGGGGAUGGGUUCUAGGUUAUAUACAGUAUGUGUACGUCCAGUGUCUGUUCUAGGAUAUGUAUAUCUACGCCCAGUCCCUAUCCAGCUCAGCUCCAUUCUUCCUGGUAGAUCUCUCCAGUCACCAUGACAAACCUAUUGAUUGAUUUAGACCUCACGGUGCCAGCCCAGUGGCAUUUUAGUGAGACCCAAGUGGUCCAUUCUGCAGCGUUCCCCCUGUCUCUCUCUGACUCCGAACCUGAUCCGUCCAUAGGAGUGGUUACGAAGUCAAAGGGAAGACGGAGGAGGUUUCCCUCGAUGUUUCUCCUCCUCCUCUGCCGAAGGAGGGGGAGGCGGAAGGACAGACCGAAGAACGUGGGCUGCUUAGUCGUCAGGAAAUUAUGCCACUGCUGCUACAAAGGCACUGCACAUUGUCCACUGAUUACAGUCUGGUGUUCAUAUCUCUAUCUCCCCUUGGACAAGAUGGCUGAUUCAGAUAUGCAUCUCAGUCCUUAUGGGAUUUCAAUGGUUUCUAAUGGGCUUUUUCUUUUGUUCACUAACACCGGGUGUGUCCCCAAUGGCACCCUAUGCCCUUUAUAGUGCACUACUUUUCACCACCCUAUUCCCUUUAUAGCGCACUACUUUUGAUCGGGGCCCAUGAAAAGUGCACUAUGUAGGAAAUAGGGUGGCAUUUGGCACACACACACAGCCUAUUUCUGUUUAUGACACCACUGCUCAAAGUAGAUGUGUUGCGUUUAUGUAGUCGUGAUGUAGUAACAGGUAAAGUAUAUUUUAGGGUGGUACUAUUCGUAGCUAUAGGGCAUGUUUGCUAUCCCCAAAAAAAUCAGCAGGGGAAAUGGAUUUUUGAGAUGCCCAUUGUAUUAUCAAUUGUAGACACAAUAGUAUAGUAUAGCAGUACACUAUGUGCAAUAACAACAUGACAGACGACUCUUAUCAAUGGCUUGUGUUCCAAAUGGAACCCUAAUCCCUACAUAGUCACUAUGGGUCCUGGUCAAAAGUAAUGCACUAUAGGGAAUAGGGUGAUAUUUGGGACAAAACCUGUAUCAUUUGAUUAGUGAAUAUGAAAGCACAAAUGUCCCUGUCAACAACUCAUGUAUGGAAUCUGUGUUUGCUGUAUUGCUUAAGAGGGCCACAUUAAGGAGUGUUGAAUAAAAGCCUGUGGCAGACCAUCAACAGACAACAUGACUGGAGACAAAGACUCUAGCCAGAGAUUACUGCGCUGGAAUUAAAACAAGUCUUUUUCUGUGCACCACAGCCAAGUCUGUUGGCUAGAGCACAACAGGUCAUCCCUUUUUUAGGCCAUUCCCUCUUCCUUAUCUAAUUCAUUAACCAAGUCUGAUGGGGGUAAUACGGUCGUCCUGGCGAGUAAAUAUACCAUAUACAAUGAUAUUGUUUAAAGCUUUCACAAUCUGCCACGAUGGAUGUAAUUAUAUAUGUAGGAUAUACACUACAUGACCAAAAUUAUGUGGACACCUGCUUGUCGAACAUCUCAUUCCAAAAUCAUGGGCAUUAAUAUGGAGUUGGUCCCCCCUUUGCUGCUAUGACAGCCUCCACUCUUCUGGGAAGGCUUUCAACUAGAUGUUGGAACAUUGCUGGGGGGACUUGCUUCCAUUCAGCCACAAGAGCAUUAGUGAGAUCAGGCACUGAUGUUGGGCGAUUAGGCCUGGCUCGCAGUUUGUAUUCCAAUUCAUCCCAAGGGUGUUACAUGGGGUUGAGGUCAGGGCUCUGUGCAGGCCAGUCAAGUUCUUAGACAACAAACCAUUUCUGUAUGGACCUCACUUUGUGUACGGCAGCAUUGUCAUGCUGAAACAGGGGACUGUUUCAGUCGCUACACUCGCAUUAACAUCUGCUAACCAUGUGUAUGUGACAAAUAAAAUUUGAUUUGAUUUGAUUUGAUUUGACUUCCCCAAACUGUUGCCACAAAGUUGGAAGCACAGAAUUGUCUAGAAUGUCAUUGUAUGCUGAAGAUUUCCCUUCACUGGAACUAAGAGGCCUAGCCCGAACCAUGAAAAACAGCCCCAGAUCAUUAUUCCCCAUCCACCAAACUUUACAGUUGGCACUAUGCAUUGGGGCAGGUAGCGUUCUCCUGGCAUCCGCCGAAUCCAGAUUAGUCUGUCGGACUUCCAGAUGGUAAUGCGUGAUUCUUUACUCCAGAAAACGCGUUUCCACUGCUCCAGAGUCCAAUGACGGCGAGCUUUACACCACUCUAGCCGACGUUUGGCAAUGCGCAUGGUGAUCUUAGGCUUGUGUGCGGCUGCUCAGCGAUGUUAACCCAGUUCAUGAAGCUCCCGACAAACAGUUCUUGUGCUGACGUUGCUUCCAAAGGCAGUUUGGAACUCGGUAGUGAGUGUUGCAAUCUAGGACAGCACAUUACCAUUGCCUGACUUGUUGGAAAGGUGGCAUCCUAUGAUGGUGCCACGUUGAAAGUCACUGAGCUCUUCAGUAAGGCUAUUCUACGACCAAUGUUUGUCUAAGGAGAUUGCAUGGCUGUGUGUUAUACACCUGUUCUACACCUGUCAGCAACAGGUGUGGCUGAAAUAGCCAAAUCCACUCAUUUGAAGGGGUGUCCACAUGCUUUUGUAUAUAUAGUGUAUGUGGUUUGCAAAAUGAAAAGAAUCCACAUAACAAUGAUUUAUGUGAAUUACAUGAAUACAAUGUUGACAUUAUACAAUUACAUGCAUGCAGUGUUGACAUACAGCAAUACAAUGUUGACCCAUUGCACAAGGAGUGCACUUAAGGGCUCUAUUCAAUCUGAAUCGGGGAAAUUCAGCAUUACAGCAUGAUUGAAGGCAAUGUUCCCGGGUUGGCGGAGACUGCAUUCACGGUAAACACUGCAGAUGUGGACUCAAUAGGAAAUGACCUUGAAAUCAGUAAUGCUUCAGGAUACAGAUUGAAUAGAGCCCUAAAGGAAGAUGAUUGAAAUCGAGCCUUCAAGCUGUGCAAACCGAUUCAGUCUUUCAGAAUACUGUACCAAUGAAAGUUGUCAAUAAGACAUUAGUUAUUAUAGUGCACUAUAAUACAAAAUACAUUUUUGUACAUAUAGAAAGGGAUUUUUGUUUACAGGUGGGACGGGUCAUUGCACUCACUCCAAAUGGCUUUUUAGACCAGGAUUCAAUCCGAGGCUCGUUAUAGAGCAGUGCACUGGACAGCCAAAAAUGCACUUUUUAAAGUUAACUUACACUUGAGCCGACAUUCGCAGCAUUUGCCAUAAAUGCGAUCUCAACGAACGCUGGGGAAAUUGCCUUUAAAAAGGGGCGUUGGGGCCUCCCAGGUGGCACAGUGGUCUAGGGCACUGCAUCGCAGUGCUAGCUGUGCCACCAGAGACUCUGGGUUCGCGCCCAGGCUCUGUCGCAGCCGGCCGCGACUGGGAGGUCCAAGGGGUGACGCACAAUUGGCCUAGCGUCGUCCGGGUUAGAGAGGGUUUGGCCGGUAGGGAUAUCCUUGCCUCAUCGCGCACCAGCGACUCCUGUGGCAGGCCGGGCGCAGUGCACUGCUAACCAGGGUUGCCAGGUGCACGGUGUUUCCUCCGACACAUUGGUGCGGCUGGCUUCCGGGUUGGAUGCACGCUAUGUUAAGAAGCAGGGUUGUGGUGGUCGGGUUGUGUUUCGGAGGACGCAUGACCUUCGUCUCUCCCAAACCCGUACGGGAGUUGUAGCGAUGAGACAAGAUAGUAACUACUAAUAAUUGGAUACUACGAAAUUGGGGGGAAAAAGGGGCAUUGUUGCAUGUCAACUGUGCUGCACUAUAACAUACUCUGGAUUGAAUCAUGGCCUGACUCUAAUUCUUACCAACACCUUUUGUACAUAGCAAUGAAUUCUUGUACAUAUUGUAAUAUAAGUUGAUAUGUUUACAUUGGUAUUGCCAAUUUAAGCAGAAACUAGACUUGCUAGAUAAUCGGUUGCGGUGUUGUUCUGUAUUAAGAGAGCUUAAGCAAAGUCAAUAUUUGUCUUCUCAAAGGAAAGUGUCAUUAGACGUACUAAGUUCAGGAUCUAGGAUGGGUUUCAAUUCACUUCGAUAAUGUGAUUGAGCAAGAGUUGCACCACUGUAAACUUUUGUUUUCUGUGACUGUUUUCAGUCAAAAAGGAUGGAUACUAACGCAACCCCCUAACUUUAUGGCUGCGUUCCAGGCUGACUACAUUGCAGAAGCAUGCCAGAUCUCAACGCCUAACCCUAAUAUCAGUUUACCACAUCACGAUGGAUUCAUCUGAUACCCGACUCUGCAGCCGAUGACGUGGCACACAACCAUUGGUUGAUCCAAUGCAUGUCUGCAAUAUAGUCGGCCUGGAACGUGACAGGCUCCUUGGAGCACCAUGGCUCUUAGCCCAACGGCCAGCAGGAGGCGAUAUUGAGUCGUUUCAUCUUACCUUCCAAACGCAUUGUAGGAAACUGUGUAGCCGAAUACACUCGUAUAACUCGUGGACCGCUUCAUACCUAGAACAUUCCCCAUUCAGGCUGCAAUGGCGUCAAUUUCCUCAACUAUAUUUACUGGUGAGAGGGCAACAUAAAUGCCUAGGAAUGGUAGUCCCGGAUGUGGCGUAUCGUGUUCAGCCAAUCAGUUUGCAGCAGUCUGUUGUUUACCCCUGGCUGAGCGCAGGGAGCAACAUCAUGAAGAAGCAUUAGCAUGAAUAGAGAAUGUUUUAUGUACGAACCGUCCAUGGGGGAUACGCAGUUUCUCUGGACCCCAGCAAGGUUUUGUUUCAAGGUCUGACCCACUGGGCACUGUCAUCAAUUCAACACUUAUUCCACGUUAGUUCAAACUAAUUUCAUUGAAAUUACAUGGAAACAAAGUUGAUUCAACCAGUGUGUGCCCAGUUGGGAGGCACUUUUUCAGUCACAUUCCUGAAGCCCAAGAAACAAACACUUAACGUCCUAGUACACACGGCAAUGAAAAAGGUUUAUAAAUGACUUUUAGAAGGGUUACUGUCAAAAGUAUGUGUUAAAUAAAAAUAGACCGAUGUCAGGCACAUGGUCCCUCAGAGCUUAUGGGGGCUGCGGGGUGUCUGGUAGGCCGGUGGAUACUGGCUGCAAACAAUACGCUUGGACGGUAAGAUGAAAUGACUCUAUCAACAUCUGCCUGGCCUUUGGGCUACAUGGCUCACUGGUCUCGGACACCAAUCAAAGACAGUGAGGUAUCAAAGGAGGCAUAUAAUUUAUUAGCAGAUGGAAAAGUCAUCCUUUCCAAGCCACAAUUGCACUGCACAGAAACAGCCUUAACCAUUGAACUGGGGCACAUUCUGUAAGUAAACUGCUCAGAACAUUCAUUGCAGAAAGAAAUGCAAUGCAUAGAACUGACAUGAUGCAUAAUUUUACAAGACAGAAAAUCAUUUCUGCUUCUACAAAAUGCAUUUCUAUGAUAAUUACAUAUUAAUAUGGAUAUUGUAUAACAUUGCACUCAUCUGAACAGACCCCAGAAUUCUGGAAAUGAGAAUAUAAACUUUGAAAGUUUACUUGCAGGGAAUUGCUCUUGUAAACAGUUGGAAAUGCUGUCGUUUGUGAUUCUCUUCUUAAUGUCUAGCGUAGUUGGUAAUGUGUUCACAGAAAUUCAGUAUUUAUGGUUCAUAUGAGGUCUAUGCUUGCUGCAGUAUGUACUCUAUAUUAUUUACACAUUAAACCCACUAACACCCCUAAUGUGUUAGGGGCGUUUCUACACAUCUGAGAGAACUUUACUUUUUGGGAGAGCAGGGGUUGCGUUCAUCAGGCACCAAAUGUAAGAAAACGGACAGAAACUGGGAGGGAUUACCAGAACUUGGCCGAUAAGAAACACAACUUUUUGUUUUCAAUUGGAAAAUGUUUUCAUUUGCAUGACUUAAAGGACACAAAACAGGAAUAUAUAUAUAUUUUUUAAGGUACUGCAAAACAGUUUAUUUGAGCUCCUACUUUGAACAGUAAUCACACAAACCUCAGGGCUGGAAUCAAUCCAUAUUGCCGAAGUUCAGCCAUAUAGCUUGCUUGAAAUGUAAAGGGAAUUUCCCAUUGGGCCCGACAUACUGUAUGCAGCAGAGUUUACCGUGAAUGCAGUCUCCACUAAUGCGGGAACAUUGACAUUUAAAGGCAAUCAGGCUACAACGUGGAACUUCAGCGCUACGGAUUGAAUCGAACCCUCAAAUGAUUUGGUUUGUAAUGUAUGCACAACGUGGUUCAGUGGUCUCAACAUUUUUGAGAUGGCAGCAGUUAAGAUUUGCAUAGGCUUUACACAAUCAACUGUUAGGGAAACAUUUCAACAGAAAGACGGACUACUACAGUUUGCAAACAGACACGCACAGUUGAGCCUCAGGACAAUGUAGGCCACUCAGUCAUGAAGUGCGUAGUUUUAUGUGUCGAAUGUAAAUGUUAUGCCUGUAGUGUAAACAAUGUACAUUUCGAUAAAACACACAAGACAGACCCAUUUGUCACAGAAAAAGGUUUAUUGAAAAAUAAAGUUAUAUCCUCCUUAAAUUGUCAGCAACUGUGAAAACAAAAUGUAUCAUUUUUUGUACAGUCAUAAUUUAGUCCCAUAACAAUCGCUGCUUUAGCUUUUCCAUGAUUGGCUUAAAACAAGGUUGAGAUUGAAAAAGAAAAGUCAUAAUGGAUACACAUGAAUGCAAAAUGCAGAUUUUGACAACGGAGACAUUCGAUGUUGGGUUAAAAGAGACAAGGACAUUUUCUCAUGCCCAUAACACAUCUUCCUUUCAGCUAUCGUAUUUAGAGUUCCAUUAACCGUUUUGGGACAAACCAAUUUAAAAGACAAUUUACAGAGGCUAUUUAAUGUUGGUUCUCAAGAUCCCUCGGUGUAUACAUGACAACCAAUGAAAGGAAGGAAACAGUUGACAACAUACUCAAAAAUAAGCCUGACUCUAAUACGAGCAGAACAAGGCUACUGCCACAAAGAAGCAGAAUCUUUCAUAUGCUGCAUUUUACCCCACUAAAAGCCUUCGCUAAACAUGUCCACAACAGCAUUAAGAGACAUGUGUUUUAACCAUCACCACUAAGUCCAACACAUACAAUUACUGUUUUACCUUUACAGUAAAUGUUAUAAGAAGCAUUAUCCUUCGAGCAAAGUAUGAGAUCUCAACUAACAAUUCUCUCUGGCACUAGGACCGGUUGAUCAAUAGGGCAGGUACAAUAAGCGGUCUAGUAAUAACCAUCAAAAGGCACGUCAUGUACUUUUUAAAACGGUAGCUUGGCUGCAGAUCGUAUACACAAACGUAAUCAAAACUGAUCUGGACGGUACGGGGGGGGGGGGGGGGGGGGGCUCGUCAUAAAACGUAAGUGACCAUCUAAAAGACAACGUAUCUAUAUUUACAAAAUGUGCAAAUGGUUUGCAUUAAGAUCUGAAAAUAAAAAACAACACGAGGUUCUUUUUCUGGCAUUUACAAUAAAAAUUAAAACAUGUGUGCGCGCUGCUUUUCGUCCCGAUGUCAUCGUCAUCACCCCGAAAACACAGUGAUGAGAGGAGCGAGACGUCUAUGUCACUACUGUCCAGUCCAACACGUUUCGUCAGUAUCUAAGUGGACGGUCUCAAGGCGUGUCUGAAAUGACACCCUAAUUCCUUUUGCAGACAUGUUGCCAAAGCAUUUGGAUAUUAUCUUUGCCAUUCCUCAUUCUCUCUCAUCACUGUUGCUGGAGGUUGGAGUCAGAUGGGACAAACAACUCCCGUCUAAUCCAUCCACUUGAAUGUACGUGUUCACUUUAUAUUAUUUCUUCCAUAAAUAAAAUGACCCUCUGUAAAAAGAAAUCUCCUUUUCUAUAAAUAAAAAGAAACAAUUCAGCAAACACAGAGAAAGAUCUGUAUAUAAAACACAUUUAAAAAAUAAUUUAAAACCCAUAUGAAGAAUAUACAGUAUUAGUCAUAUAUGUUGUUAAACUUCAGUAAAUUAGGUUAAAGUAGUGCAUUAUUUCCAUUCACAACAAGGACUACUAAUUCAAGCUUUUAUUGACACGUAAAAAAAAAAAAAAAAGAGUUGGCAGGCAAAUUAGGAUCCUAAACGAUCUCCAAAUGAAGGAAACAGGUAAAGUUGCAGGUGUGUGUGUGUGUUGCUCUGUCAAGAGCUAUAAUUUACAGUGCAUCCAUAGAAAUUAUGUUUGUGUGUGUGUGUGUGUGUGUGUGUGUAUGUAUCUUUCGGGUCGACUGUGUACAUAAAGGUUUUAAAUAUCUAUAAUACAAGUACUCAUGAUCAAUAUAUCUCUUUAGAAUACGUUCCCGAUAAAUCUAUUGUGGUCAAGGCAACGGUCCUAUGUGAUACUGGUGAUUGAGCGGACUGAUGUUUGAUCUGCCAGAGGGGCCCUUUCCAACUACA